AGAUUGUUUUGCAUUAAAUAAAAUAAAAGCAACAGAGAAAGGUGCGGAGUUAAUAAUGUAGUUAGAGACAGAUGAGUCGCAACUCCCACCCUUGCAAUUUGCAAAUUCCAAUCCACAGUUUGUUUGCAUUUUCAAAUUAUUUUCUUACAACACCGCAUUCAUUACAAUUAGGAUAAACAUAAACCCAUUGUGUUCUCCGAUUCCUCCGGCGAUCAUGGCCGGAACUGGAAAAUUCUCCAAAACCUUGUACUUUUGCGCCCUUUUAACGGCUGUUUCCGCCCUCUGCGUCUUCCCGGCGGUGGGCUCGGCGGUGAUGCGGUUGCCGUCGGAAGGGCAGAACGUGUGCGGCGGGGCGGCGGCGGGGUCGUGCCCCGUGAAAUGCUUUCGGACUGACCCCGUUUGCGGCGUGGACGGCGUGACGUACUGGUGCGGGUGCAGCGAAGCGGCGUGCGCGGGCGCACAGGUUGCGAAGUUGGGGUUCUGCGAAGUGGGAAAUGGCGGUUCCGUCCCUCUGUCUGGUCAGGCGCUGCUUCUGGUGCAUAUCGUUUGGCUCAUCGUCCUUGGAUUCUCUGUCUUCUUUGGUCUUUUCUAAUCUCUACAUCUCUCUCUCCAUCUAACAUACAAAUUACAAUACACACACUAUAAUACAUACAUACAUACCCCUAUGUACCAUUCUUUAAGUCCCUGUAUAGUAGCGUGCGUGUUUUUGGAAUGACAAGAUUCUUAUGGUUUGGUGGACCACUUUCCAGAAUCCACACAAUACUUUUGUUAAUUGUUACCAUACAUGAUUCAUGUUUUGUGACCAUCAAUUUCCGUUUCUUAGCCCAAGUUAUAGCUUCAUUGUCUUUAGUCCUUCUGUCACAAUAAUUAUACGCGUUUCUAUUUUCUAUGUUACGUCUAUUUCUUAUCUCACUGUCACUGCCGCACUCGUUUAGCCUCUCAGAGAGAUGUUGGAGAGAAUAAUGUGAGAACAUUAGAAAAGUGA